AUGUCAACAACAACUGCAGAAACAGUUAUUGAUCAAUUGGAAUCACUACUAGACUUGAUUACCAAGGCGCAAACAAACUUCAAGAAGUGCCCUAAAACUCGUUUAACACGUGGAUAUUUAGAAGCAAGACUGAAAUGUGUUGACGAAUAUUGGCAUAACUUCCAUACUGGACAUCAAGAGCUAUUCAAAAUGACAACCAAGCAAGAGCGAUCCACGAUGCCUUAUUUUGUAGAAGAUAGAUAUAGUCAGUGUGAAGAAAUUUAUCUUAACCUAAAGGCCGAUAUAUCGGAUUUGCUUCAUAUUUCAAUGGCACCAAAGCCCUUAAUGUCAACAUCAUCGUCUUCACCACUUAAAGGUACUUCACAGACGGAGAAAAUCGUAGAAGUCAAGUUGCCCAGGAUCAAUUUACCGAAUUAUUCAGGAGCCUAUGAAGAAUGGCAAUCAUUUGAAGAUACAUUUACUUCAUUAAUACACAAUAACAAGUGUCUCAGCGAUGUGCAGAAGCUACAUUAUUUAAAAUCGUGCGUAAUCGGCGAAGCGAAGAACACAAUCAAGCAUUUUCAAGUAACGGAAAGAAAUUACAAACCGGCAUGGGAAAGUCUGAAGUCUAGAUACAGUCAAAAACGGCUUAUUGUCAAUGCUAUCUUGAAGAGACUAUUUUUAUUGAAGAAGAUGACCACACAAUCUUCUGUGCAACUCAAGGCACUAAUUGAUAACACUAAAGAAUGUCUCAAUAGUCUAAAGUCAUUGAAUAUUGUCAUCGAAUCUUGGGACCCGGUAAUUAUAUUUCUGCUAGUUCAGAAAUUGGAUCAAGAUUCACAUAAAGAAUGGGAGAACUAUGUGAGUGAAAGAAACGCCGCGACUUUACCUACUCAGAGUCAAUUUUUUCAAUUCUUGGAAAGCCGAAUUUGUACACUUGAAUUAACAACUGCUAUUUCCACACCGAGGGAAAAACCCAAAGUGCAAACUAUUACUGCUUCAGCUGCGACGACUGCUUCAACGCCUACAUGCAGGAUCUGCAACGAACAACACUACCUCUGCCACUGCAAAGAGUUCGGAAAAUGGAGUGCAGAGAGGAGAUCCGAAUAUGCGAAGGAAAAUCACCUUUGUUACAACUGUCUUGCUAUAGGACACUCAGUUUUCAACUGUAGGCAAGGGACAACUUGUAAGAUUUGCAAUAAGCGCCAUCAUUCGCUUUUGCAUUCAUUUAAGAAGAAGGAAGACUCAGUGAAUGCAGAACAAACAUCUCUACAUGCAAACAUUGCUGACGACCAAGAAGAUGAUACUGAUAUUGUAGGAGUAUCAGUUGCUACACAUUUUUCUAAUGCUAAGCAUCACAGAGCAUUAUUAGCCACAGCUAUUGUACCUGUAAGAAACAGCUCAGGACAAAGUACAAUACUGAGAGCUUUGGUCGAUCAGGGGUCACAGGCUACCUUUGUUAGUGAGAGAGCGGCUCAAAUGUUGAAACUCAAAAAAUCACCAAUUCGAGGUACAGUUACUGGAGUUGGUUCAACGAAGACAAAAGUCAGUCAUGUGGUACAGUUGGAAGUAUUAUCUAGUUACGAGAAGUCAUUCAUGCUUCCAAUACGAGCAUAUGUUUUAUCAACACAGCUGACUUCACACUUGCCAUGCAAGAAAAUCACACCUAUGAAAUGGUCACACCUAGACGGACUCAACCUGGCUGAUCCAGAGUACUUCACACCAGGUAAAAUAGAUAUGCUGCUAGGAAUAGAUGUUUACACUGAGAUUUUGAAGAACAACCUGAUCAAAGGGCCCCCAGGAACUCCAUGUGCGCAAGAAACCAGCUUGGGAUGGAUUUUGUUCGGGAAUAUAAGUGAUGCACACUCAGAAGAAGAAACUGUUGUAAUGCACCAUCACCUGGAUCUCGACAUACAUGACAUACUUAAAAAUAUGUGGGAUGUAGAACACACAAAUAAAAGAAAAUUUACAGCCGAAGAGAAACUGUGUGAAGAGAUAUAUGAUACUACACAAUCCAGGACUUCAGAUGGACGUUAUGUUGUUAAAAUACCUUUAAAGACAAACGAUACAGUAAAAGAAGUAGGUGAAACAAGAAAUAUUGCAUUGAAGAGAUUAAAUCAUCUGGAAAGAAAAUUUGAGAAGAAUCCAAAACUAAAGCAAGAAUACAAGAAGGUAAUAGAAGAGUACAUAGAGCUAAAUCAUAUGGAAGAAGUUCCAGAAGAAAAGAAAAAUAACCCAGCAAUAUAUCUACCGCACCACGCAGUCCUAAGAGAGGAUAAAGAAACGACGAAAUUGAGAGUAGUCUUUGAUGGAUCUUGUAAAGGCUCAAAUAAUAAAUCAUUCAAUGAAGAACAAUUAGUGGGUCCACAGCUGCAAGAAGAUUUAAGGAGUAUUCUGAUGAGGUGGCGCAUGAAACCAAUCUGCUUUGUUGCAGACAUACAAAAAAUGUAUAGACAGAUUCUUGUCACCAAAGAAGAUGUAGAUUACCAAAGACUGUUAUGGAAAAACGACAACAGAGAGGAAGCCAAGGAGUAUCGUCUAUUACGAGUGACCUUUGGUACGUCUUCUGCGCCUUACCUCGCAGUUAAAACCUUGAUGCAACUUGCUGAAGACGAGGGCAAUGAAAAGGGAUACUCAAGAAUAGCUCGAGUCAUAAAAGAAGAUUUUUUCGUUGAUGACUGCAUGAGCGGGUGUGAUACAUUGGAAGAAGCUAAAGAAGUUAGUAAAGAACUUACUCGUGUCCUACAAAAGGGUGGUUUUACUCUUCAAAAGUGGGCAUCAAAUAGUACCGAGUUCAUGAAUGAAAUCCAUCCCUCACUCAGAUGUGCUAAUGCCAACAAGGCCAUACAUUCUGAACGUGUUACCAAAACUCUCGGACUUACAUGGAACAUGGCGACUGAUUCAUUCCAUUAUUUGACCAGUCUUUCAACCUUACCUGAAACCAUAUCAAAAAGGAGUGUACUUGCCGAUGUCCAACGCCUGUUCGAUCCAUUGGGUUGGCUUGGACCUGCAAUAAUACCUGCAAAAAUGUUUAUUCAAAAAUUAUGGCUUCAUGGUUGUUAUUGGGACGACGUGUUAAGUAAAGAUCUUGAAGAAGAGUGGUUAAGACUAAGAGAGAGUUUUAAACAUCUUGAAAGGGUUCAAAUUGAUAGAUGGCUAAACACCAGAGAAGAUGAAACAUGUGUAACACUCCAUGGCUUUUGCGAUGCAUCCGAAAAGGGAUAUUGCGCCGUAGUAUAUUCAAGAGCUGAAUCCAUGUGUCAUGGAAUUAAGUCACGACUUAUAGCAUCAAGAACACGAGUGGCUCCAAUACGACCUGUCUCAAUACCAAGACUUGAACUUCUCGGUGCAUUACUUCUUGCACAGCUUUUAACGUUUGUGAGGGAAGCCAUGAGAAUUUCCAAAGACAAAAUAUUUGCAUGGACAGAUUCCACAGUGGUUUUGUCUUGGAUAAACGGAGAUCCUAAUCGUUGGAAAACGUAUGUCAGCAACCGAGUUGUAGAGAUUUUAGAUAACACUGAUAAGGAACAGUGGUUCCAUGUUACGUCAGAUGAGAAUCCAGCGGAUUUGGGAUCAAGAGGUACAACCUUACAAUUACUUAUCAAGAAUAAAUUAUGGUGGAGUGGACCAGAAUGGUUACAAAAUAAGGACAUACAAUUUAGACGACCAAACAUCACACCAACUAACAUAGAAAGCAAGAAAGAUUUACAAGCGAACUUAAAAAUAGAGAAUCCUGAGAGGGAAGAAUUAAAUUAUGACACAUUACAAGAAUUGCUAAAGGUUAUUGUAUACUGCAAAAAAUUUCUAAAUAGCAAAAGGAAUCCCGAAAAGAUAGAUCAAAAAAUUACGACAGAAGAAUUCGAAGAUGCUAUGAUUUCAUGCAUAAGAAUAUCUCAAGGAAAGGAAUAUAAGGAAGAACUAGAGAGAUUAAAAACAAAUAGACCAGUGAAGAGAAGUAGCAAAUUAAGAUCGCUGAAUCCCUAUCUUGAUAGCCACAAUAUUAUCAGGGUGGGCGGCAGGUUAAGAAACUCAGAUUUGGACGAAAGUGCGAAGCAUCCUAUAGUUCUUGGCAAUAAAGAUCAACUAACACAAUUGAUACUGGCAGACGCACAUAAAAGGACACUUCACGGUGGGAUACAACUCAUGCUCUGCUAUCUUAGAUCCAAAUACUGGAUAAUACACGCGAAGAAUUCUGUGAAGGCGUAUAUUCACAAAUGUAUCGUAUGCGCGAGAAUGAAAGCCUUAAACAGAGUUCAGAUUAUGGGAGAUCUUCCAAGUGUUCGCACUACUCAAGCAAGACCAUUCCUUCAUAGUGGAGUUGACUUUGCCGGUCCUUUAUCGAUUCUUAUGUCAAAGGGAAGAGGAGCAAAGUCAUUGAAGGCCUAUAUCGCCAUCUUUAUCUGUAUGGCUACAAAAGCCAUCCAUUUGGAGCUGGUAGGCGAUCUUACCUCAGAAGCAUUUAUUGGAGCAUUUCAUCGGUUUGUAGCUCGACGAGGCAGAUGUACUCAUAUUUGGAGUGACCAAGGACGGAACUUUAUUGGAGCUGAAAAGGAAUUACUCAAUGCAUGGAACGACGCUAAACUUGAACUCCCAGAUGACCUUGUUGAGAAGUUGGCGUCAGAUGGAACCCAGUGGCACUUUAUACCACCAUAUAGCCCCAAUUUUGGAGGUCUGUGGGAAGCUGGAGUCAAAUCCGUUAAAUUCCACUUGAAGAGAGUUUUAGUAGCAAAUCUCACCUUUGAAGAAAUGACAACAACACUUUGUCAAAUCGAGGCUUGUCUCAAUUCUCGUCCAUUGACAUGUAUAGACACCACCGACACCGACGUCAUAGAACCGCUUACACCUGGACACUUCUUGAUCGGUGAAGCUCCGGUGAAUAUACCCAGUCCUGACUUGCGAGAUGUUAACGUCGGCAGACUAUCACGCUGGCAACUUACACAAAGACUUGUAAGAGAUUUUUGGCAUAGAUGGCAAUCUGAAUAUCUCACGAGACUUCAAGAACGUCCUAAAUGGAUGAAACAUCAAAAGGAAUUCGAUCUUGGUGACAUCGUUCUUCUGAAAAAUGAUCAACUUCCCCCUGGAAAAUGGUCGCUUGGCCGUAUAGUUGAGAAGCAUCCCGGGAAGGAUAAUGUCACUAGAGUAUAUAGUAUAAAAAGUAAUGGAAAUGUAAUUAAAAGAUCGGUAUCAAAAAUAUGUGCGCUUCCCAUAGACAAAUCAUAA